AUGGAACUGGGCUUCGGUGAUCAAGAUCUUAUCUAUGAAGAAGAAGCUAAAAGGCUAGCGAAAUCAGCUCCAGUGCCUCGGCCUAUGUGCCUGUCAUGUAGCAAGCUUGUCGCAGAAUCUCCCAUGCUACAGUGUUCUCAGGCUCAUCCAUCAACAAGAUGCUACCAAUGUGUCAAAGCCAACAAGCCGUGCCAUACUAUUCCACCACAGUUCAGAGGUGAUCUCGAACGUAUUCAGGCUCUUGCGCGAGAAAUCCAUGUUAGACCGUCGCAAAAAGCAACCGAACAGCUUCAAGAUUUUGCUCGGAAAUAUGUUGCGCGUAUCGAAGCAUACGAGCUUAAGGAGCCUACAUUAGAAAUUUAUGCACCGUAUCAAGUACCUCGAUCAGUCCUACUUCCCGUCCCGAUUGAUUCCCCGGUCAAGGCUGUAAACCCCGUGAACUCUUCAGUUUCUACAGAAGAUGGGUUAGCCUCAAAGGCUCGCGAUCUUCAGCAGGUCAACCACAUGCUGAAUAAAAUAGUGGAUAUUUUAUCGCGAAAAAUGGACUUACCCUCGGAGAAUGGAAAUAUUGAGAAGAACUCAGAAUCUACUUGGCUACACGUUAACCAAGGCACCAUACACGGGGAUAAUGUUAAUGAAGCUCCAAAACAACGUCGUUGA